AUGAUUUUUGAAGAAUGGACAAGUACUCCAACACUUGAUCUCUUGAUAGACAAAUGGUCAAUUUAUCGUGAUAAAACUUUAUCGAUGUUAAAUAUUAAAGAUAAUAUUUCAAUACUUUUACUAAAUGUCUCCAGCUUAAAUUGUCAUAUGGUAGAGAUCUUUAAACUUAUUGAUACUACUUCUCCACCAAUUAUUACAUUAAAUGGCACACAUCAUGAUGAAAGAUCGACUAAACAGUUUACGAAACACUUCUUUAACUAUAAUGUCUUCUCGAUCAAUGGUACAAAUGCUUUUGGAGGUGUUUUAGUUGCUAUACAUAAAUCAAUUCGUACUCAAAGAAUGGUUGAGUUCGAGAAUAUACCGAACUUGAUUGCGCUAGAAAUAGGUGAAGAACAAAAUAAAUUCCAAUUAGUCACAUGUUAUUCACCACCACAUGAACAAAUUCCUUUUGAAAUUUUUGAUCGAAUAUUACAAAAAAAUGAAAAUACUAUCUUCACCGGAGAUCUAAAUGCUAAACAUAAUUCUUGGUCUCGCUCGGUGGAAAAUCCAAAAGGAAAAACAUUAUUUAACUGGUUAUCCUCAUCACCAACACAUGCAACAAUGGAAAUUAUUAAUAAAUUUAUUCCAACGUCUACUCGUUCAAAGGCAACAAUUGAUCUAAUUUUCGCACCGUCACAUAUGGCAUCAGAUACUUUUUCAGUUUUGCCAUCCAUUGGUAGUGAUCAUCAUCCGGUUAUUUGGCGCUCUGCAAUUAAAAUAUCUACUGCACAUCAAAAAUAUCCAAUUAAACGAACUCACUGGAAAUUAUUUGAAGUUUUUCUUACGUUUACCGGUAGUUAUUGGAAUAAACUUGCAGAAGAUAUGGCUCAUUCAACUACUUUUUUCACACUCUACGAGAGAUUUCUAUCGUUGAGUAUAUCACGUUUUACGAAUGUUACAUUCAGAAAGUCGUUCAAACCAACUUUACCACAAGAUAUUAUACUUUUAAUUAAUAAAAAACAUAUGUAUUUAAAAUUAUUUCGAAGAACCUAUCAUCCAUAUUAUGCAAUAAUGUUACGUGAUAUAUCGAAACUAGUACAAAAAACACUUUUUCAAUAUAAAAGAAAAUUAUGGCUCGACUAUUGUGGUUCAUUCAAUGACUGUGAUACAAAAUCUUUUUUGCAAAAGGCAAAACGACAUUUCCGUUCAAAAUCUACACCAGUUGAAGGUUUUGUUAUUAACAACAACACCAUUACGUCACCAGAUGAAAUGUGUGCUGUUGCAAAAAAUUAUUACGAAGAACAAUUUACUGAUCAUCAAGAUACAAAAACAGACAUCGAUAUUGAAGCAAGGAUAAAUGUGAACGAACUCAAUGAAAUCUUGAUUAACAAUCCUCCUAAUCCGAUGAAUAUUACUUAUCAACAAUUAUACAGGAUCAUUACAUCAUUGAAAAAGAAAAAUUCAUCAGCAAAUUAUAAAAAGAAACAAAUUGAAGGAUUUAAUAGACAAAUCUACAGAAUAAUGCAUAAUUGGUAUGAUGCUAGAAGUAUAGAAAUUGAACAUUUACCAAAAUAUCGAUCAAUUGAAGAAUUAUCUCGUAUUCACUGGAACAAACUAACUUGCACAAUAUUAGCAACAAAUCCAAGUGUCAUCGAAGAUUUUCUUCGACACAAACUAUCAAUUAUCUACCUCAAUGAGUAUCUAUCGAAUCCAUCAUUAAUAAAACAAAGAAGAGAAAUAUUCGAACGAGGAAGAAUUCCAAAGAAUAUUAUAAAUAGAAUAGAACAAAAUCAUGUAUCUUUACUCGACCAUGUUCUAUGUUUUCCACAAAGUUAA